AUUGUCUAGGCAAAUAUGAAAGUAAGAUUAUGUUAAAAUGAUCUAUAGUUUUCAGUUGAGCCUCUGGGUGUCGCUGUUCACCAAUUUGGCUACAGAACACACUGGGAGUUCCAUAAAUUCUCUAAUGUACAAACAGAAAAUAUCCGCAUGACCAUACUUGCACAGACAUUGCAGGGAGUGUAAUAGGAGCAACUUUAAAUAAAAAAACAACAGCAUUUAUUUCAAACUCAAAAACGUCUGAGCCAGGAUAAGUGGCAUUUAUCCUGUUGCAAGAAAAUGGGAGAAAAUCAGAAGCAAUGGAGCUGUAAAGGGACAAUCUUGUUGCAAUGCCUCAUACUGAUGUUCAUUUUGAAGACAGUUUCUGCACAGCUUCAUUAUUCCAUUCCAGAGGAGAUGCAGAAAGGCUCUUUUGUGGGAAAUAUUGCAAAGGAUCUAGGAAUGGAUGGAAAUAAUCUUUCAAACCGUGAGCUCCGGAUUCUUACCAGAACAGGUAUGAUUCAGUAUUUUACUUUGAACUACAACAGUGGUCAUUUACAAACCACUGAGAGAAUUGACAGAGAAGAAAUUUGUGCAUGGGCAGAGAAGUGCAAAUUAAAUUUUCAGGUUAUUGUUGAGAGUAAAAGAAAACUUUAUGGAGUUGAAGUGGAAGUUACUGAUAUAAACGAUAAUGCUCCCCACUUUCCUCCAGGACAACUGGAGGUGAAAAUUAAUGAAAUAUCUGUAAAAGGCUCUCGGUUUCCUCUGCCUGAUGCUACUGAUCCAGAUCUGGGGAUAAAUUCUGUUCAGAAUUACCAACUCACAGGCAGCGUGCAUUUUUCUCUGGAUGUUCAAACAGGAGAAAAUGGUCCCAAACAUGCUGAGCUGGUGCUGGAAAAAUCUUUGGACAGAGAAGAACAAUCAGUUUAUGAUCUGAUUCUUAUGGCUAUGGAUGGGGGUGAUCCUGUCAGGACUGGCACUGCUCAAAUUCAAGUCAUUGUUUUAGAUGUAAAUGACAACGCACCAAUUUUUAGCCAACCAGUCUAUGAAAUCAGCAUUGAGGAGAACAUUCCCAAAGGGUCCAUAGUCUGUGCAGUCAAAGCCACUGAUCUGGAUGAAGGAAUCAACGGAGAGGUGAAAUACUCCUUCAAAAAAACCACAAAAAAGGAUUCACAAAUGUUUCUUUUAAAUUCAACAACUGGCAUAAUAACCCUCAUGGGAAACUUGGACUUUGAGACAUCACCCUUCUAUGAAUUUGAGGUGCAAGCUGAAGAUUUUGGAGGACUGUUUGACAGAGCAAAGGUUGAGAUCAUGGUCACAGAUCUGAAUGACAAUGCGCCGGAAUUAACUGUGACCUUUCUGACCAACUCUAUUCAAGAGAAUUCAUCAACCGGAACAGUUAUUGCUAUUAUAAAUGUAGAAGAUCAAGAUUCUGGAAUCAAUAGUGAGGUCACAUGCACAAUUCCCAGAAACCUCCCAUUUCAGCUAAAACAAUCCAUAGACAACUUUUAUAGUUUGGUGACAGAUGGCCCCCUUGACAGAGAACAAGUGGCAAACUACAACAUCACCAUCACAGUAACUGAUCAUGGAAUGCCUUCUCUUUCUACAGCCACCAUCAUAGCUCUGCACAUUUUAGACACAAAUGAUAACCCACCUCACUUUGCAAGAUCAGAUUACAAAUCAUUUUUCAUGGAAAAUAAUCAGAGAGGAGCAUCCAUCUUUUCUCUAAAUGCAAAUGAUCCAGACUGGGAAGAGAACUCCAGAAUAACAUAUUCCAUCAUAGAAAGUCAAGAGACUGGCUCCCCUCUCUCCUCCUAUCUCUCCAUUAACUCUGAGACAGGGGUCAUCUAUGCUCUGAGUUCUUUUGACUAUGAAGAGAUCAGAGAGAUGAAGUUCCUGGUCAAGGCUCAGGAUGGAGGCUCUCCACCACUCAGCUCCAACGUCUCAGUGACUCUCUUCAUCCUGGACCAGAAUGACAAUGCUCCCCAAAUCCUGUACCCUUCCCCUCCCACUGAUGGCUCCACGGGGAUAGAGCUGGCCCCUCGCUCCUCUGAGCCAGGCUACUUGGUCACUAAGGUGGUGGCCGUGGAUGCAGACUCUGGCCAGAAUGCCUGGCUCUCCUACCAGUUGAUCAAGGCCACCGAGCCAGGGCUCUUCACUCUAGGGCUCCACACGGGAGAGAUCAGGACAGCCCGCUUCUUCCUGGAGAAAGAUGCCCUCAAACAAAGCCUGGUGGUUUUAGUCAAGGACAAUGGGCAGCCUUCAAUGUCGGCUUCAGUCACUGUCACUGUGGUCUUGGCUGACAGCAUCCCUGACAUGCUGACUGAUCUGAGCAGUGUCCCAGUAUCUGAAGACCCACAGUCAGAUCUCACCUUCUACUUGGUGACUGCAGUGGCUUUUGUCUCCUGCUUGUUCUUCACCUUCCUCCUUGUGUUAUUGGCACUCAAACUUCGCAGGUGGAAAAACUCUCAGCUUUGUGAUAGUGCAAGUUUGAAUUUCAGUGGUGCACCAGUUUCACAGUUUGUGGGGAUUGAUGGAGUCCGGGCAUUUCUUCAGUCUUAUUGCCAUGAGGUUUCACUGACGUCAGGCUCUCGGAAAAGUCAGAUUCUUUUUCCAAUCGGAAGCUGUACCAAUACUCUGACACCACAACAGGCUCCUGAUAAGACAGGCCCUGUGUUACUCAUAGGUGAUACUAACACAGUUACGGAGGAGGCAGCAAUCCAUCAGAAAACCAUAUCAAUACAGAUCUCAGAUAUCAAUGAUAACCCGCCAGCCUUUGAAACAUCUUCCUACACUGCCUACGUUCCAGAAAACAAUCCAUCUGGAGCUUCAAUUUUCCAUGUCAAGGCUUCUGACCCAGAUCUGGAUCGCAAUGCCCGAAUCACUUACUCCAUCCUUAAUAGCAACAUCAAGGACCUGCCUCUCUCCUCCUAUGUCUCCAUUAACUCUGAGACUGGAAUCAUCUAUGCUCAACGCUCCUUUGACUAUGAGCAGUUCAGGGAGUUUCAGAUUCAAGUGAAGGCCCAAGAUGGAGGUUCUCCACCACUCAAUAGCAGUGCCACAGUGACAGUAUGUGUUUUGGAUCGAAAUGAUAACGCUCCGCAUAUCUUGUACCCUUCACAAUCAACAGAGGGCUCACCUUUCUUUGAGAUGGUGCCUCGGUCAGCUGAGUCGGGUUAUCUGGUGACAAAGGUGGUGGCCGUAGACGCUGAUUCUGGACACAAUGCCUGGCUCUCCUUCCAUCUCCUGCAGGCCACAGAGCCCUCACUCUUCAGCAUUGGCUCCCACACAGGAGAGGUGCAGACAGUCCGAGCAUUACUUGAGAGAGAUGCAGUGAAGCAGAGGCUGGUGAUCAUGGUGAAGGACAAUGGGCAUCCUCCUCUCUCAGCCACCACGACUUUGAGCCUGGUGUUUGCUGAGAACUUCCAGGAGGCUCUUCCGGAAAUGAACUCCCGACCAAAUGACUCAGAGUAUCAGUCUGAUCUACAGUUUUAUUUGGUAUUGGCCUUGACCUUGGUGUCCUUUCUGUUCCUGGUGACGGUGAUUCUGACCAUUCUGAUGAAGCUUCGAAGGUCAAGGAACCCCACUUUCCUUCAGUGCUUUAUUCCUGACCUCCAUUCAAAGGCUGGUGCCAUAUUCCCACCAAAUUAUGAAGACGGAACUUUGCCUUAUUCCUACCAGGUCUGUCUGUCCUCUGAAUCCAGGAGGAAUGAGUUGACAUUCCUGCAGCCCACUGUCCAAAUAGCAGAGAACAUCCUUUGCAAUGGCAACUCUGACAUUCCUUUGAUGGUCAGUGGUUGUAAUUUAAAUUCUGAAAAGGAAAAUGACAGCACGGUGAGUUAUAUUGCAUUUUCUUUUUUGGGGAAUUAGGUGUGUUAUCACUUG